AGUGUGCAUGUUAGAGAGAGCGAGAGAGAGGACUAAGGUUGGACCAGGUGAUCACGUCCUAUCAAACCUCCAAGGAGCUGCCGGCCAGGAUCAGUGUUUACAGGAAGGAUCAGAGUUCCGACCAGAACAUGGUGGUGCCAGCCCGCUGCCCGGGACCCUGUGCCAUGCUGGCGCUCAGCCUUCUCAUGGGAUACGGCGUGGUGCGCUGCGUCGCCGGUCAGAACGACACGGAGCCCAUCGUACGAGGGAAGUGUCUGGUGGUCUGCGAUUCCAACCCGUCCUCGGACGGCGGGGUGACUUCAUCGCUCGGGAUAUCCGUCCGGUCGGCUGGCGCCAAGGUAGCUUUCUCCGCGGUGCGCGGGACGAAUCACGAGCCCUCCGACAUGAGCAACACGUCCAUGACCAUCUACUUUGACCAGGCUUUGGUGAACAUCGGCAACCAUUUCGAUCUGAAAGCGAGUGUCUUCCAGGCGCCAAGGAGGGGCAUAUACAGCUUCGGUUUUCAUGUGGUCAAGGUCUACAACAGACAGACCAUACAGGUCAACCUGAUGCAGAACGACUACCCGAUCAUAUCAGCUUUCGCCGGUGACCAGGACGUCACUCGGGAGGCGGCCAGCAACGGCGUUCUUCUGCAGUUGGAGCGCGAGGACCGGGUGUAUCUGAAGCUGGAACGGGGCACGCUCAUGGGCGGAUGGAAAUAUUCCACGUUCUCAGGCUUCCUUGUCUUUCCACUAUAAUUUAAUAUGUGAUCACGGAAAUCGCAAACGUGACUCCUCCAUGGUUGAGGAACGAUUAAAAAAACAACAAAUUUGCUCUUUUAUUUGAAGUGAACUGUCAGAGGAAGAAGACAGAUUCGUAUGUGUACACACUACACACUUUACAGUAUCUAUUUCAUUCAAACAUUAACGUUUCCAUGGAGUUCGUACAUCCAAAUCCAUCGACUAAAACCCUAUCUGGAAGGAUAAUCGAAUCGAUCUACCCGUGAUGUAUAGGCCUACCACUUGUCGAUUAUUUGGAUUUUAUCGCUUGGGAGUCCACUAACUUUUGUCAACAGACUGUCAAGUCAGUCUACCUCUGUGUACCCUGACUGCUGAACAGAUGAGAAUAAUAUUAUAUAAAUCGAAAAGCUUAAAACUUCCCGAACUAACGUGUAUUUACCAAUGCUCUCUCUAUUUUGUGUUUGUGUAGCCUUAAAUAAUAAUGUUUCCGUCAAGUGAGGUGUAUGGAAUUCUUAUGGACGUCCAGGAGAAGAAGAGUGCUUUCACGCCGAAGCCUUUUUUUAAUUUUUUUGUUGCAGGAAUGGAAGAAUGUGUUUGUUUUUUGCUGUUCAUGGUGUUCCGUUUGGAUGCUGAACAUAAUGGAAGACUUUUUUUUUUGUUUGUUUUGUGCUUUUCAUGGUGUUCCAUUUGGAUGCUGGACAUGUUGAAAAGAAGGCAAAUAUAGGCUGCCUAACUAUCCAGAGAUGAUAUAAAACAUUUUUAAAAAAGCGACAUAUUUCAGCCAAUGGACACGUCUAUAGAAACUCUUUUACAAAAAAAAAAAACAUUUAUCUAAUUUAUAAAGUACAUAUUCACAUUAUGGUGUGUUCUAUAUUUCGGAUCUGCGUAGCUUUAACUGAUAUUGUGUCCAGUGACGUUGCUCACACAUGUACAUUGUGAAAAAUAACAAUAGAAAAAUCCCAAUUAUAUGAUGUCCCGCCUAAUAAAUAAUAUUGCAUUGUA